UCCCACCAUCUCUCCACAUUGUGAAGUACUCGAGUCGAGAACGAGAAACUCUCUAAGCGCACACUAACUUCUUCAAUCAACCCUGCGAACGUUUCCCUACUCCUUGGUUUGAUCUUCAACUUGAUUCGAAGUUUCAAGCAGGAAGGAAAAAGAAUCUAUAGCAAAGAUGUCGAUUAUUCCGAGCAUCUUCGGUGGCCGAAGAAGCAAUGUCUUUGGUCCCUUCUCUCUCCAUGUUUGGGAUCCGUUCAAGGAUUUCCCCUCAACCAGUGCUCUGUCCUUCCCUCAAUUCUCAAACGAAACAGAUGUCUUCGCCAAUGCUCGAAUCGAUUGGAAGGAAACCCCAGAGGCCCAUGUCUUCAAAGCCGAUCUUCCUGGGCUCAAGAAGGAAGAAGUGAAAGUCGAAUUGGAAGAAGGUAGAAUCCUACAGAUCAGCGGAGAGCGCAGCAGAGAGAAGGAAGAGAAGAACGAUAAGUGGCAUUGGGUGGAGCGUAGCAGUGGCAAGUUCCUCCGCCGGUUCAGGUUGCCGGAGAAUGCCAGGAUGGAUCAGGUGAAGGCUGCGAUGGAGAAUGGGGUUCUUACAGUAACUGUCCCCAAGGAAGAGGUGAAAAAGCCUGAAGUCAAGACCGUCAAAAUCUCUGGCUAGAAUUAGAAUGAAUAUUGAUAGGAAAGGGGCUCAUUUGAGUCUUGUAUGCACUUUGUAGAGAUGGUUUAAAAUAUGUUUUAAUCAAAUAUUAAGCCAAAUUUAGCAUUGUAAAUUUGCAAGAGAACUCUCUCUUCUCUCUCUCUCUCUCUUU